CAAGAUGUUGAGGGCGUCGGGGACUCGGGUCGAGAACAUCGUGUACGGACUCUCGGAGGUUGUCAAUUCAGUGGAAUAAUGAAAGCCUGGAUCAGAUAAGUAAGUGUCGCAGCCACUGUGAACGUCAGAAAGGGCGCCUCUACAUCAAAGGCCUGUGAUCAGAACCUUCAAUACCAUCAUGUCACAACAACCUUUAAACAUCCUCAUCUCAGGCGCAGGAGUAGCAGGUGCUUCAUUAGCACUCACACUCGCCCGUCAACCAGGCUUCAAGAUGCAGCCCAACAUCACGCUCAUCGAGAAGUCUCCCGUACCACGCACGACAGGACAAGCCGUCGAUAUACGUGGUCCAGGCGUAGACGUCAUCCGCAACCUUGGAUUGGAGCCUGAGAUCAAGGCCAGACAUACGACAGAGACUGGCGUUGCCAUUCUGAAUUCCAAAGGGGACGUUGCUGCGACAUUCACUGCGACUGGUGACGCCAAGAACCAAAGUGCAACCAGCGAGUACGAGAUCUUACGAGGUGAUUUGGCGGGCCUCCUGCUUGAUGGUGUCAGCGAAGCGAAAGAGAGGAACGUGAAGGUGGACGUGGUGUAUGGCGAGUACAUCGACCAUAUCGAAGAGCGGAAAGAUGGUUCUGGGGUAGAUGUCUACUUCGCCAACGGAAAGAUUAGCGACCAAAAGUUUGACGUCGUGGUUGGUGCGGAUGGCAUUGCGUCGAAAACGCGCAGCCUGAUGUUCGGCAAAGAAGACCUCCGCGAGUACGUGAAACCGUCGGGCAUGUACCUUGGAUUCUUCUCAAUUCCACGCCUCCCUGAAGAUGACUCGCUUUGGAAAUUGUGCCAGGUGCCACCGGGCCUCGGCAUGCAUCUCAGACCUCAUUGCAACAAGAAGACCAUGGGCGUCUACCUCACUGUUUGUAACUCUACACCGUCGCGUAAUCCUGAGCUCGAGGAUAUUGUGCAUGCUGAUGUUGCUACACAAAAGACGUACCUCCGACAGCGAUUCCAGAAUGUGGGCUGGCAGAGUCAACGCUUCCUCGAGGGUCUUGACGCGACUGAAGACUUCUACAUGACGCACUGGUGUCGAGUUGUGACGCCGCAAUGGGUCAAGGGUCAUGGUGUCAUCUUGGGCGAUGCCGCCUUCGCAACGAUGGGUAUCGGCACAAGUCUGGCGAUGACUGGAGCGUACUGUAUCGCUGGUGAGCUGUCAAAGAUUGAGUCCGCCGAUCAGGUACCAGAAGCACUACGGAAGUACGAGGACCUCUUUCGACCUUGGGUGGAGAAGCACCAGUAUGUAUUGCCUGGCGCCAUGCAGCUCAUGAACCCGCAGACAGUGUGGGGUAUUUGGGUGUUUCAGACCAUCCUCAAAGUGGUGGCCUUUUUGAGAGUGCCACGGCUGCUCAUGUACUUCUUCGGUGGUGAAGGGAAAGAGAGCUGGAAAUUGCCUGAGUAUGGCUGGUGAUGGGUGUAGCUGCAGAAACUGGUUUUUUCUCAACAUUUUCAUUUCCGGUGGGGGGCCAAAUCUUCCAAUGCUCUCAACUCUAAUAUAUCAACCAUGAAAACCAAGACAAGAUUAUUUCCCGUCUAUUUCGAUAAAACUCAAGCUCCAGUCUUCUUGGCCAGAAGCCAGACAAAGUUUGCAUCUCCCUCAACCUGUUUCGUCUCUCGAACG